CCUCAUUGGGGGAAAAGUUUAAUGAGACAGAAGUAGGAAAAAAAGUGAGCCUCACAGUCAGGGAAGCUUCUGAGAAGUCACAAGGUUGGGGAAGAAGCGCAGGGAAGUCAGAGAUUUGCUGGGAAGGCAAAACCAAAUGCAAAAAUAAACCCCCACCCUUUUCUUACUUUCACUUUCUGAGCGUCGCUGCAUUAGGAGCAGCUUUGAACAGAAGCAAAUGGAGCCACUCUCCAGAAACAAUGCAUUGGGAGCUUGGAUUACAGGCAGGCAGGAGCCAAUCCAGUGUCAAGAAAGUAAACAUUGAGGGGUAUCUGGCAACUGAAGAUAAACAACCUUCGCAGACUUAGUGGAGCUGCAAGGAUUUAGACUCCUCUUGAAGCACUGUCUUAAGAUCAUGGGCUGGACUCGCCAAGAAGGACUGCAGAGAAACAUUGCAUUGGAUAUGGCUGCAACAAAGUCUCUUUCCUCUCUUCUCUUUCGGCAGAUUUUUACUAGCAUAAUCUUUGCCACACUUCUGUUCUGCUCGAAUGCAUGCCGUGAGGAGGAAUAUGAAAUUAACGGGGAAUGUUGUCCUAAGUGCGGUCCAGGCUCCAGAGUCUUCAAACAUUGCACUUCCUCUUCCAGUACAAGCUGUAUCUCCUGUAUAAAAGGGACUUACACAGAGCAUCCACAUGGUCUAACAUAUUGUUUGUCCUGUCAAAUCUGUGAUUCAGGGUCCAACCUGAUGAUUAAAAGAAGAUGCACUUAUACCGAGAACGCAGUGUGUUCCUGUGCGCCGGGUUAUUACUGCACACACUUUGCUGGUGAAGACUGUGACUCGUGUCAAGAACACACUGUGGCCCAACCUGGUUAUAUGGUGACACAGCCUGGCACAGAAACCACUGACACCCAGUAUGUCCCCUGCCCAGCUGGCACCUUUUCAACAGAAGAAAUGUCCCCCUCUUGCAAACCGUGGACCAACUGCACCAAAUCAGGCGAAACAGAGGAAAAAGCUGGGAAUGCAACCUCUGAUGCAAUUUGCAGAAAAACACCUCCAAAUGGUGACAAUAACAGCCACAAUCUCACAAUGCCAAUUGUCAUCGUUGCUAGUCUCGUCGUUCUACCACUUCUUGUCCUAUUCGGUUUCUUCUGCUGGAGAAGAAAGAGGAAGACUGAAAAACCAAAUGCUGCUAGGCAAGAGGAAGUCCCAGAGUACCAGUGUGUUCCAGUGGCCGAGACCAAUUUGAUGACACCUAUCCAGGAGACAACUCAAAUCAGCAGCAAGCCCGCAUUUCAAUGUGGUUAACCCCAAAACUUGGCAGUUUUGGGGGAGGAUGUUGAUACUAUCUACAGAGAGAAGCACAGCCGUAUCAUCUGUCUUCACUGUCUACUGGAAAAAAGACACUUUCCUCUGAGUCAUCUUCCAAGCUUCAGAGCAUCAUCGAAGAUGUGUUUAUUUUCUGGGCGACUAAACAGAAACGUGAGAAGGCUGCCAGUAGAAGUGUGACCAGGCUCAAAAUUCCAGGCAUGAUAAUCAAAAUGGGAACCUACCAAGCUGGAGAAAUCAUGUCAUGUUUUUAUAUUAUGGUCUAGUUGGACCUUGGUGCUGUGGUGGGAAGAGGUACAGAAAGUCUUGGUGUGUGGUCUAUAACUGUUCUUGGAAGAAUGGACUUCUCUGGUGAAACCGCGGAGCUUCUCUGGCUCAGGAAGUACACUACAAUGAGAACAGAAAAAUAUAAUCCAAAUGGGACUCUGUUUUGUAACCAUAUAAUAAGGCAUUAGAUGGUGUAUGGUCAUUUCUUUUGAGGGAUUCUACACCUCCAAAAACAGUCCCUACAAGAUGGUACAGGGAUAGGGUUGACCCCCUAGAAAUGGAAACCAUCUCAGAGCUCACCCAGAAAGGGUACCCUCAAAAAUUCCUUGAAAACUCGCUAUAUGCACUUUUGAAUUCCUGUGGAUGUCUAAAUUCAACAAAUACCAUAUCAGAGCCUGUGACAAUCCACAACACUGAAUGCAAGAAUUUGAUGUUGUUAGAAUGAUAUCAGCUCACUGUGUGAGAUCUGGCUCCAGCGCACAGCUUGGAGUCAACUUCAAGCCCCUCCAAGGAGCCACAUGACCAUUAAACAUGUGGUCCUGGUUGCCAGGCGACCGAGAAACAGGAAGGAGCAGGCUGCAUGGUUGGUAGCAUUAGGAGAGUCAUGGGCCAUUUCCUUGGGGAUAAUUCUGGGAUCCCUUGGAAUUUCAGCUCAUUUCCAGACCACAGAAAUCAAAUCCCCUUGAGAAAAUGGAUGAUUUUCAGUAUGGACUUGAUGGCAUUGAGGUCCUUGUCCUCCCCAAACUCCAUCCCCAAAUCUCCUGCAGUUUUCCAACCUGGAUCUGGCAACUUUACUAACCCAUUCCCUGCCAGAAACCAGAGGGGACCAGGCAGCCCUAGAUGGAAAUGCCGAGUGGGGCACGCCAAGACUUGGAUGCCUUUUGAAGGGAGGGAAAGAAUACGGAGCAAUAUUACAUCUGUAGCAGGUGGAUUCUACAUCUCUUCUGCAGUCUGAUCCACUGAGGGGAUCACUGGUGUCAGUCUAAGGAGCAGUCACUACCUUAAGGGGUCUGUCUCCUGGAACACCCGGUGCAACUUCAUUCAUGCAAACACUGGAAUUAGCUGGCAGUUGUGGGUUUUCCAGGCUGUGUGGCCGUGGUCUGGUAUCUUUUGCUUCUAACAUUUGGCCCACAUCUAUGGACGGCAUUUUCAGAGGCAUGCCCCCAGCCUCUUUCCUGGCACUUUGUGGUCUGGGGUGGUGUGCAAACAGCCUCUCCCCCUCCCCCAGUGGAGGAUUUGUUUUGGGCUUAUUCAAUGAAACAAUGCUUUAUUGAUCUGUUGGUUUGAUGCUCUGUAGAUCUGUUUAAUUAAUUUGAUGCUCUGUGGAUUUGCUUCAUUGACUCACAGAAAACAGAAAAAAAAGAAAAGAAAAGAAAAGCUCACAUGAAAUGACGAGAAGAGGUGAGGGGGAAAGAAGCAGGUGGGAGGGAUCUGAAAAAAAUGGUGGACCAGAUGCUGAGGGACAGGUUGGGUGACUACACAGAUGCAUGGCAAAGAGCCAGGGUUUUUGGUGGGAAAGAUAAAACAUUCUAAAUAUGACCAUAUUGCAAGGGAAGCCGGCUUGGAAACGUUUCAGUGGGGGAAAAAUGUAGUAAAAGUGUUUUCAGAAAUGUCGAGGUAAAAGGUGGUUGGAAAUGUUUACAGGGAAAAAAGUGUGAAACUCCACUGAGGAAACAUUGCCUUGGAGAGUGGUGGAGUCUCCUUUUUUGGAGGUUUUUAAGCGGAGGCUGGAUGGCUAUCUGUCAAGGGUGCAUUGAUUGUGCGUUCCUGCAUGUACCUGAUGACCCUUGUGGUCUCUUCCAACGCGAUGAUUCUAUUAUUUCAUUUGUAAGUUAAAAACUAUGUAAACAGGGUUUGUGGAAAAGGACCUAGAUGGCCUCCAGUUCCAUUCCAACUUUGCGAAACUGCUUGCGGCUGUGGCUGAUAAAAUACCUGAGAAUUCAUACCAUGACUCCCUUUCCUGAAAUGGGAAGGAUCCCAAUUUUCUGCCUACGCCUCCUUUGGCAAACUGUAUUUUUCUGGGGGGGGGGGGGGGCAGAAAGGAAGGUAUUUGGAUACCAUCACCCAGGGCUUCGGUUCAAGAUUAUCACUACUGUCCCAGCCACGCCUAGGUGCAAAGUGUGGUGUAAUUGCGGACAUAUCAGUCCCGAAGAACGUGGAGAAUUCCAGAAGACUAAAGAUGAAUUUCCGUUAACUGGCUUUUUUCUCUUUCUCUGUGUAAAGAUAUGAUUGAAGCUUUUGUCAUUAAAAGAACUUUCAAAGUGAA